AUGGUCAGUGGCUCCAAACAACCUGCAGCAUCAAACAGGCGAUCGGGAGUCACAUCGGAGCGAGUGGCCCUGCUGGUCCUCAGUGUUCUCCUUGCAGCUGCCGUCACAGCUCUUGGUGUAACCCUUUAUGAGAAUACUCAAACCAUAAAGAAUUUCCAAAAGAGUCUCCAAAACCUUCAAGAUGAGGCUAAAAAUCUCACAGGAAACCUCAGUGGGACAGAACCGUGGAAAGUGGAGCAGCCAACUAAACCUCCUUCAGUAAGAAAUAAAACUUGUCCGAGCUGCGAGGACGGCUGGGAGCCACAUGGAGGAAAGUGCUACUUCUUCUCCUCAGUUACUUUAACCUGGGAUCAGAGUAGAAAACAAUGCAAAUCAAUGAGAGGAGACCUGGUUGUGAUAAACAGCAGAGAGGAGCAGAGAUUCCUGGUGUCUAGAGUGAGUGAAAAAAAGGACAAACCAUAUGAAAUGUUCUGGAUCGGACUGACAGACUCAAAGAAAGAGGGUGAAUGGAUUUGGGUGGAUGACACACAACUGGAUACAAGGUUUGUUAUUGAGAAAAAACUUUUUGUGAUCGACGUCAGUAUGAAGGUUUUCAUGGAUCCGGUUCUGUGUUUCCCAGUUUGA